AUGGGGGCCCCCCAACUCGAUGCCCCUCGUUGGGGGGCCCCCGCGUUUCGUUUGUCUGUAGAGACGACAGAUUUUCUCUCUGCAACGCCAGCACCUGAGUGGACUGUCUUCAAUGUUGUUAGCCACUGCUUAGCCUUCUUAGAGGCCCUCAGGGUGCCCCCAGGACAAGACACCAGAACUGCAGCAGCAGCUGCUGCUGCAGAUGCUGCAGCAGGUACAGCAGCUGCACAACACCCCCAACCUGUGUACGUAAACCUCAAGCAAUGGAUGCGAUUCAAUGCGCGCCUCAAUGCUGCAAAUACCUGCAGCAGCAGCAGCAGCAGCAGCAGCAGCAGCAGCAGCAGCAGGGUGGGAGCCAUCCGGCUGAAGCAAAAGGCUCAGGCGCCCCCAGCACUUAAAGACAGCGAGGCUGUCGCUAUUUGGGGGGCAGCAGCAGCCCUGGCGUUUCUACAUACGCGAAGGAAAGCUCGGCAGUUCAAAUGGCUCAAGCAGCAGCAGCAGGAGCAGCAGCAGCAUCAGCAGCAGCAGCAGCUGCUACAGCAGCAACAGCACCUGCAGCAGAGUCAAAAAGCACUUCACGAUCAGUUCCCGUUGCUGUAUUACCCUUCUGCUGCAGCUGUUGCAGCAGCAGCAGCAGCAGCAAAGGACUCCCUCUUAACAAGGACAUCGGCUGCGUGGGAGUCACCAGCAGCAGCAGCAGCAGCAGCUGCUGCUGCUGCAGCUGAUGCAGCAGCAGCAGCAGCAUUAGCAGCACCCGCUGCAGCAAUUCCUUCUUCAGGGCCUCAAGGGUUGUCUACCCCUCUGUUGAAUGCUCAGGAGGAGGUCGUGGAGAUACGGGUUUUGUUUUUGCUGCUGCUGCUGCUGGCAGCUCGUCGGCAGCAGCAGCAGCAGCAGCAGCCCUUCCCUUCUCCUGACGAACCAUGGCUGUCUCCUUCUUCUCUUAACUCUCCUAGAAAAGGAAUUCAAUCUGCAGCAGCUGAGGCCCAGCGCAGCGACAGCAGCGUGCAGCCUAAUAAUAAAACAACACACAACAGCGCACACUUGGACUCCACCAAACUGCGGCAGCAUCUGCUGCACCACCUACCGCAGCUGCUGCAGCUGCUGCGUUGUGAUCGCCCUUCUCAACAGCAGCAGCAGCAACAGCAACAGCAGCAGCAGCAGCAGCAACAUCAGCAGCAUCAGCAGGAUGACAACGGCUGUCUUGCUGCUUUUGAGAUGGAGGCCCUCGACGCCUUUCUUGAAUGCGAGAGCCCGCAGGGGUUUGCUGCUGCACUCAUUGGAGAGACGUCGCCGCUGCUGCCAUAUAAACUGCUGCCUCAGGGGGCCCUUCAACACCUACUGAGGGGCCCCAGCGGAUCCUUGGGAGUCGCGAGCGCAGCAGACAAACAGCAGCAGGCGGUGAGGCAAACGGCGCUUCAGGCACGCUGUCAAAUUCGAAGCCUCAAAGGGGCGCUGCGAUGUCUGAACUCCGCGGCUUUGGGCGAGUCGCGUAUAUUGCGGAUUUCUUCCUGCAGCAACAGCGACAUUUUCAUUUCAUGGCCGGUUGAGGGUUUAUUCUUAGAAGGCCUCUCCGGGUGUUCGGUUGUCGCGCCAGCCAUUGAGGGGCCCCUCUUCGUGCGGAGCUGCUGCCGGCUUACCCUCCACGCCAGGGCAAACGCAGUCUUCGUGGACAACACCUUGGGUGCGGAUUUGUUUGUGGCUUGCUGCUUCCCCCCAAUCCUUUUGGGAGACAGCCGAGCUCUUUCUUUAGGGCCCUACAAUGUUAUUUGCCGCCCCCCGCAGCAGCAGCAGCAGCAGCAGCAGCAGCAGCAGCAGCAGCAGCAGCAGGAACAGGAGGAGGAGCAGCAGGAAGAGGCGGCCUAUGAGCAGCGCAUUUUGUCUCUGCAUGCACCAUGA